CAGUCAAGAUUGGUCAAGAUGGCGAGAGAAGUUUCAUUUCAAUUAUGAUUCAGGUUGUUUUGAAUUAUUGCACUGAUUUUUAAAUAAUUAAUAUCAAAUAAAUACUAAUUGAUAAGUGUUUGUGAAUAUACAUGUAAAUAAAAUUCCAGUGCUGUGUGAUUUGUUAUAAUUGUAAAUUCAUAAAAAAUGCGUGAGUUUAAAGUAGUUGUGUUGGGUUCGGGUGGAGUUGGAAAAAGUGCAUUGACGGUACAAUUUGUUUCCGGUUGUUUUAUGGAAAAAUAUGAUCCAACAAUUGAAGAUUUUUAUCGUAAAGAAAUUGAAGUAGACAAUUCACCAUGUGUGCUUGAAAUAUUAGAUACAGCUGGAACUGAACAAUUUGCUAGUAUGAGAGAUCUGUAUAUUAAAAAUGGUCAAGGAUUCGUUGUUGUAUACAGUUUGACCAAUCAUCAAACCUUUCAGGAUAUACGUAGUAUGAAGGAAUUAAUAACUAGGGUAAAAGGUUCUGAACGUGUACCCAUUUUAUUGGUCGCAAAUAAAGUCGAUUUAGAACAUCAGCGUGAAGUUUCAUAUGUUGAAGGUAAUAAUUUGGCUCAGAAUUGGGGAUGCCCAUUUGUGGAAGCUAGUGCCAAGAAUCGAACAAAUGUGAAUGAAGUGUUCGCUGAAAUUGUUCGUGAAAUGAAUGUUAGUCCAGAAAAACAACCAACAAAUUAUUGUUGCUGUACUGUGCUUUAAUAUACAAUUAUUUAUUUCAUGUUUUAAACACACAAACUUCAUAACUUAGUUUUUACAUUGAUUUCAUUUUUUAACAAUUCAAAUAACCAAUUUAUUAUUUUAUUAUUAUAAAAUACUCAAACAACGUUUAAAAGAAGAUGAAGAUGAAGAAGAAGUCGUCA